GGCUGGUAUGCAAUUUCUGUCCUUUGCAUCGAGCGCAUGUUGAUUUGUAGUUUCGUUUGUAUCCAACAUUCCAUCCAUUGAGUUUAGCUUAUUACUGCUUUGAACUGCUACACCAAGCUGAUUUUAUGCAGAGUUUAUAAAGCUUUUGCAAAGAGCUAGUUCGCUCGUGUUAGUAUCGGGAGACGAGAAAUGGAUUUUGGGCUGUUCCAUUGGUAGUGCAAGCAUUUUUAGUAUUUCUAUAUGUUGCAAUGAAGAAACGUCCGAAUUUGACGAUUGCUUGCCAGCCGGCAGCGGGUCCACCAACUCCUCCAACGACCGAUGAAAAUAACAUCAAUUUGCAAGAAAUUGAGGAUGUCCGCAAGAAACUGGACGAACUGGACAUCGAUUUACAACAGCGAAAAAGGCUGGAGGAGUUUCUAAACGAGAAACGGAAAAUAGGAGAGCUUGUUGCAGACGAUUUCGAGAAAAUCAACGAUCUUGGUGCAGGCAAUGGCGGGGUAGUAACUAAGGUCUUGCACAAACCCAGUGGUCUAAUAAUGGCCAGAAAGUUAAUUCACCUGGAAAUCAAGCCAGCAAUUCGAAAUCAGAUUAUCAGGGAACUGAAAGUAUUGCACGAUUGUAAUUCGCCUUAUAUUGUUGGUUUUUACGGCGCUUUUUAUAGCGAUGGUGAAAUAUCUAUCUGUAUGGAGCACAUGGAUGGCGGCUCUUUGGAUCAAAUUCUGAAGAAAGCAGGGAGAAUUGAAGAAGAAAUUUUGGGCAAAAUAAGCAUUGCU